GACCCUUCACUCACGUGAUGGAAGUGGGGAAUCAAUUGCAUCUACAUUUGUACAGUGACCGGGAAGACCCCUGCAAUAACUUUUGCCAGCACAUCAAAUUGUUGACCCCUCUAUACCAGUACGGCACACUGAACGACGAUGAACCGUUUCCCUCAUCGCUCAUUCGACAAUCCGCCCCAGGCUUUACAGCAAAGAACAUUCAUCUCCAUCCCUCUCCAGAUUCUUCUCCCAGCUCGAACCGUAGCGCCGUGAUCUUUACCCCGCCAUCGCCGCAGUCGCACCGGAGCGGAGCUUCCCUCGAUACGUACCCCAUAAUCUCUCUCCUGGUACCUCGCCCUCCCACCCACUCCCAGCCGAUCUCAAGGGUCCAUCCACCUUGUCAAGAACCAACAAUCCCGACCAGCAGCAAUUCCCUACGGGCCGCGAGCAAGAUCCCGCAAACAUGAACGUCGACCCGCUGACCGGCCAAACGCUCCCCGCAAACGCCUACCAACGCGUCCUGUACGUUGCGCCCAAAGUCCACGUCUACCAAAUCCCGCCCCUCACCAGCACAAAGGGCUACCAAGCCUCGACAUGGACCGCCGACAACAACAAGCGCCAGAUCUUCACCGCGCGCCUUCGCGUCGUGGAAACGUCUAUCCCUACCACAUCCGCGUCAGCAGAGGAUAACGGCGAAUCCGAUAAAAUCACCACCGCGCUGCUCCUCGAGGAUCCCGCCUCGGGCCAAUUGUUUGCCGCCGCGCCGUAUACGAGCCCAAAUGUAGUAGAGCAGGCGCUAGAUAGCAGUCGGUUCUUCGCGGUGACGGUGGUGGGAGAAGGACGCAAGGCGGUGCUGGGCAUGGGAUUCGAAGAGCGGAGCGAGGCGUUUGACUUUAGCAUUGCGCUGCAGGAUGCGCGCCGUGUGCUGGGGUUCGAGGCGAAUCCCAAUGCGCCGCCCAAACCCGGGGGUGGCAGCAAGAAGGCUCCCGUUGAGGAGGCAAAGAAGGAUUUCAGUCUCAAGGAAGGUGAGACGAUAAGUAUCAAUCUAGGCGGGUUGAAGGGAAGGAGGGAGCGGAGGGAGGAGACUAAGAGCCCUGCCGAGCAGAAGAGUGAGCAGGAUGCGCUGUUCAGUAUUAAGCCACCGCCAGGCAGUGGGGGAAGCCCGUUUCUGCCUCCACCUCCGAGCGCGAAGAGUGUAAAGGAAGAAAGGCGGAGGAGCCGACAGAGCUUUGAGCCUAAGCCUGAGGAUCUGGGAUUCGACGAUGGCGAAUUUGGAGAAUUUCAAUAA